AUGGCCAAGCACUUAGCCCUCGCUUUCUCUCUUUGCUUGCUUGUUCUCUUCAACGGCUGCUUAGCCAGUCGCCAACAAUCUCAGUUCAGCCAGCAAAAUGAGUGCAUGCUGAACCGGAUCCAAGCCCGAGAGCCCGACAACCGCAUUGAGACCGAAGCAGGUCGGAUCGAGUCCUGGGACUACAACCAGGAUGACUUCCAGUGCGCUGGCGUCGCCGUUCAGAGAAUCACCAUUGAGAACAAUGGCCUUCACCUGCCUUCUUACGUUAACACUCCACGACUCGUUUAUGUCGUCCAAGGUAUGGGUCACUUAGGAAUGGUUCUCCCCGGCUGUCCCGAGACAUUCGAGGAAUCCGAACAAUCUUUUGAAGAACAACGACAAAUGCAAGGCCAACAAGGCCGCCAGGAACAACAGGGACGCCGCCAGGGACCAUACGGCCGCCAAGGCCAACAGGGACAACAAGAGAGCUUUGAGCAGCUAGACCGUCACCAGAGGGUCCGACGAGUCAAAGAAGGUGAUGUUAUCGCCAUCCCUGCCGGAGUAACCUGCUGGACUCACAACCACGGUAACGAACCUCUUGUUUUCGUCAGUAUGUUUGACCUGAGCAACCGCCACAAUCAGCUCGACCUAAACCCAAGGAGAUUCUAUCUUGCUGGUAACCCACAAGAUGAGUUCCAACAAGGCCAAAGCCAGAGGAGACGACAAGAAAUAAGAGGAAGGACCGGCAAGCAGCAAAUUCAGGGCCAGCAGGGGAACAACAUGAACGUCUUUUCCGGAUUUGACACACAGCUCCUCGCGGACGCUCUUAACAUUGACCAACAGACCGCCCAGAAGCUCCAGGGAAGGAACGACAACAGGCCACAGAUUAUUAGGGUUCAGGGAAACUUCGACUUCGUCCAGCCCCCAGAGUCAAUGAGGGAGGAAAGACAAAUUCAAGGAACACAACAGCGGGGACAACAAGGACAGUAUCAAGACAAUGGCAUGGAGGAGCUCUUUUGCCACAUGAAGAUGAAACAGAACAUCGGCAGGCCUACAGUGGCCGACGUCUUCAGCCCACAAGCCGGUCGCAUCAGCACCCUCAACGCCUUCAGCAUGCCUAUCCUCAGGCGCCUCCGUCUCAGCGCCGAAAGAGGCUUCUUCUACAACAACGCUAUCUACAGCCCACACUGGAACCUGAACGCUCAUGAAGUCUACUACGUCAUCAGGGGCAACGCUAGGGUUCAGGUGGUGAACGACAAUGGCGAGUGCAUCAUGGACGACGAGGUCCGCCAGGGACAAGUUUUCAUCGUGCCACAGAACCACGCCGUGUUGCAAAAGGCCAUGAGCGAUGGAUACGAGUACAUUGCCUUCAAGACACAGGAAAAUGCCAUGAUCAACACAAUGGCUGGCAGAACCUCCGUUCUGCGGGCACUCCCCGACGUGCUCCUCGCCAACGCUUACCAGAUGGACCGUCAGCAGGCAAGGAACCUCAAGUACAACAGGCAGGAGACCGUUGCUUUGAGCUCAUCAAGAUCUAUGCGAUCUAUGCAGUCCGAGAAGGGGCAUUGGUGGGCUAUUGCUUGA